AUGCCUAAAGUGGUAAAAAGUGCUAAAAGGGAAACUAUUCUUCAAGUUUACGCAUUUUGUGAAAAAGAAAAGGCUGAAAACAAGUUGAUUGUUCCUUUGCAACAAGUUCGUGCAAGACUUGCCGCCAUGACCGAUGUAUCCGAAUCUACUUUUACCCAAUUUUUAAGGCAAGAAAGAGAGACCGGUUCAGUUUCAAGGGUGUGCCUGGUCCGUCAAAAGUAA